UCAGAUUUUGGGUUCUGGCAACUCUUCCAGGUAAUCCUCGUUGGAGUCGCUUUGUUCUUCGAUGCUCAGCAGAUAUUCAUCACCGUUUACACAGACGCAUACCCCACGUGGCACUGUCUUAACCACACGAUCUGCGAUCAUUCCACUUCCGACAUCUGCCGGCUCCCAAGAUCAGCCUGGGAAUGGGACGGUGGCUCCAAGGACAAAACCGUCAUUUCAGAUUUUGGACUCGAGUGCUCGAGCUCAUUACUCAGAGGUAUGCCUACCUCUGCUUUCUACAUCGGUGGCAUUGUUGGUGGAUUCGUUCUAGCUUUAAUCCCAGAUGAUUCCUUGGGCCGCAAGAAACUAGUAUUGUUCUCAACCUUUGCAAUGUCAAUCACUUCAAUCUCUGUUAUUUUCUCAACCAACGUAUGGAUCUACACAACGCUAAAGUUUAUCAUCGGGUUCUCGAGAUCACAGACAUGGUCAUACGCGCUGGUUCUAAUCAGUGAGCGAGUCUCCACCAGAUGGAGACCGAGAGCUACGAUGAUUCCAUUUACCUUUUUCGUUUUAGGGUUUAUG